AUGGCUAAGAAGGAAAAGGUUUCUAAAUCAGAAGACGCUGAAGAUAACUACGAAAAGAGAAUGUCGGCAGUUUUGCCAUUCGCUAAACCAUUAGCAUCAAAGAAAUUAAAUAAGAAAGUCUUAAAGACCGUUAAGAAGGCAUCUAAGGCCAAGCAUGUCAAGAGAGGUGUUAAGGAAGUCGUCAAAGCAUUGAGAAAGGGUGAAAAGGGAUUAGUUGUCAUUGCUGGUGAUAUUUCACCACCAGACGUCAUUUCACACAUCCCAGUUUUAUGUGAAGAUACUUCGGUGCCAUUUGUGUUCAUUCCAUCGAAAGAGGACUUAGGAUCUGCAGGUGCUACUAAGAGACCAACAUCGUGUGUCAUGGUUGUUCCAGGCGGUGGUAAGUCGAGUAAGAAUGCUAGCAAGACUGAUGAAUAUAGAGAAGGAUUUGACGAAGUUGUUAAGGAAAUUUCAACUUUAGAAUAA